UAUUCUCUGUGCGUGUCUCUCUCUACAAUCGACGGGGAGUUCGCCGGAAAACUUACCAUUUUCAGGCGAUUACUGGUUCAGUCUGGUUGGAAUCAGAUUCUACAAUGAAUUCGGGAAAAGGGGGUGCGGAGCCAUUCGUUGCUGGUACUACUGACUCGUCCAAGGAAAAAAGCAUAUCUGAGAUCUCUAGCAUCAGCGUUGAUCAGUUGAACCAUGGUGUGGCAGACCUCAGCCUGGAUUCUGCACAAGAUGGUGAGUGGGAGGUUUAUACCAAGAAGUCUAAAAGUAGAGCAAGUAAUGCUUUCAAAUUAGGGGGUUCCAAGAACUCUAAUCCUAAAGCAUGGGGAAAUGCAGAUGGAGUUCAGAAGCUGGGUAUGCAGAGUAAUAGUGGAUCAGGAAAGGGUUCUGGCAUUAGCUUGCCAAUAGUGAAUGCUGAUUCCAAAAGACUACCCGGAAAAGGAAGUUCAAGACCUCAAUCAUCUAACAGAGCUAUUGACAGCAACCACACUAGCCCGGUACCCGUAAUUUCUCCUGCAUUGCAGCAUGGUUGGAAUUUGAAGUCCGUUGCUUCUACUCUGCCUUCAGAAUGUGACCUGGGAAAAAAUGAGAUCAAUCCAAAUCCCCAUCCUUCUGGUGUUAGUGAGAACAAGGUCAACGAGAUUGGGGAUGAUGAUGAUGAUUCAGAUGCUGUUGAUGAUACAGAUGAUGAACUGUUUAGUGAUGAUCGGGAUUCAGAUGAGAGCCAAAAAAGCCACAACACACGUAAGAAAAGCAGGUGGUUCAAUGCAUUUUUUGAUAUCUUGGAUAAAUUGACCGUUGAGCAGAUCAAUGAACCGGCAAGGCAAUGGCACUGCCCGGCCUGUCAAAAUGGGCCUGGUGCCAUUGAUUGGUACCGAGGCCUGCAGCCCCUUAUGUCACAUGCCAAGACCAAAGGAUCAAACAGGGUGAAGCUCCACCGAGAAUUUGCAGAACUUUUGGAUGAAGAGCUACACAGUAGGGGAACAUCAGUCACACCAGCUGGUGAAGCGUAUGGCAAAUGGAAGGGUCUGGAUAAAACUGUCAAGGAUCAUGAAAUAGUUUGGCCUCCCAUGGUUGUCAUUAUGAAUACAAGACUUGAGAAGGAUGAUAAUGAGAAGUGGCUUGGCAUGGGAAAUCAAGAGCUUCUUGAUUACUUUAGUUCAUAUCGCACAGUGAGGGCUAGGCACUCGUAUGGUCCACAGGGGCACCGUGGGAUGAGCGUCUUGAUUUUUGAGAGCUCAGCUAUUGGUUAUUUAGAGGCUGAGCGUCUGGAUAAGCAUUUCAAGGAUCAAGGGACAGAUAGGGAGGCUUGGGAUCAUUAUCCUGUUUUUUUCUAUCCUGGAGGGCAGCGCCAAUUAUAUGGUUACAUGGCAGAGAAAGAAGACAUGGAUAUCUUUAACCGGCAUUCUCCAGGUAAAUCCAAACUCAAAUUUGAGAUGAGAUCAUACAAGGAGGUGGUCGUGGACCAGAUGAAGCAAAUGAGUGAAGACAAUCAGCAGCUUGUCUGGUUCAAGAACAAAGUUGCCAACGAACAGAGGCAUUCCAAAGCCCUCAAGGAGUCUUUUGGUAUAUUAUCUGAGAAGUUGCGGAAAACCUCAGAGGAAAACUGCAUUGUGAGGCAAAGAACAAAAAAGCAUCACGAAGAAAAUAAGGAAGAGAUGGACUAUCUGGAACUGUUCUUCAAGGAACAACUAAGAAUCAUUCAGGACGCCCGGGAUGCAAGGGAGGACAGUUUUGAGAAGAUGCAACAACAGGAGCGAGAGAAAGUCAAACAAACAAAUACCUCUAAUACAUGUGAUCACACGCACGGGACGGAGGAAAUUGCAAAAUUCAUUGAAUUUCAGGACAAGGAGAUGGAAGAAUUUGUUGCAGAGAGGGAGAAACUGCUAAAAGAUCAUGAACAGAAAAAGAUUUCAAUGAAGAAAAAGCACGGGGAGGAAGAGGUUGGACUGGAAAGGGAGUUCGAUGCUGAACUAGACCGGCUGAUGGAGGCGGCAAAAAGAGCGGCUACUGAUGGUACUCCUCUUUUGAGAAUGAAGAUGAACAACGAAAUCGGAUGGAUGUUAUGGUGUGAUGCAGAGAAAGUGGAAGAAGGCUAUUUUGAAAUAGUUGAACACUCGCACACUAAGAAGAGCAUGGUGAAGAAGAAGGAUAUUUUCAAAUAGUUGAACACUCUAAGAAGACGCCGACCGAGUUUCCAUAAAUAGACUGAGUUUUCAUAAACAGGCCAGCUGAUGAUGAGUCUGAUUAUGUGAUUGUUUUUAGUCUUGAGUCGUUUAUAAGUCUUACAAAUUUGUGAUUGCUUUUAGUCUUGAGUUUGGAAUUACGAAUUUUAUUUCUUGGAACCUGAAAAACUGAGAAAAAAGGAUCCUCAUUUCAUGGUGGGGAAUGAAAACACUAUUAAAAGAUGGCUCUUCCUGUCUUUUUAUUGUUGUAUUUGCUUGUCUUUUUUAUAAU